AUGGAUCAAAUAUAUGCAACCACUCAUCGGAGACCUGAAAAUGAAAAAAAAAUGCAAGCUACAAUGAAGGCUGUCUUUAAAGUCCAAUGUGUUUGGAAGAUAGUGGAAGAAGUUUUUGAACAACCAGAGACCAUAAAAGAGUUGACAAUCAAUGAAUUCAAGGAGUUACGGAAAAAAUGUGAAAAAGACAGUGAAGAAGAUGUAGUGGUCAGUCCUAAGGUGGAUGAUUUGACCGAAGUGGUCGAGGCGGAUUCGGUGGUCGAGGUGACGAGAAGGAUGAGGGGCUCAACAAAACUGGCGAAGUAG